CAACUAAAAUAUACAUUUAUAUUAUAAUGACAAAAAUAAAAUAGUCUCAUUACAUACGAAACGUAAUUUUUUUAUGUUUGCCUGAUAGCAAAGUCGUAGUUAAAAACAAUCAGUAUUAUUCGCAAUUGUUGCAUAAUGAGUAAUCUUAGGAGAAAUGUUCUGCAAUGCUUUAAAAAGCUUCAUAGAACAAGGCUCGAUGUGUUUAACGGAGAUGAAAUGGCAUUAACAGCUGGUAGACUAAAAAUAAAUGAAGAAUUCAAGAAAAACAAAGGAGUUGACAAUGAAGAGGCAAUAAAGGCCAUGAUUGCCUUUGGAGAAGAUGUAGAAAAAGAAUUAAGGACACAAGUAAUACAAGCAAAAGAGAUUAAACCUGGAGUCUUUGAGGCAAGAAUAACUAAAGACACAUUAAAAUUAGAAAAUUUACCAUAUGAUGACAAUGCAAUCAUAGAAAAGGGUACGGGAACACCUUGUUGUCAGAGUCGCCCAAAGUAAUUACGUUGUCUAGUAGUAGAUGUUUAGAUUAGGGAAAUAAGAAUAAAGUUAUGUACCUGAAAAUGUA